GCUUUUGCACGCACUGCAGACUGGACCGGGGAGAACAACGACGUUGCGCAACGGAUCCCGCGUGCAAUCUGCGACACCCUCUCCUACACGCCAUCUUGCCGUCGAGCUCCACCGCUGCCGCCGUCUUCUCCGCUGCUUCACGUCCCGGAGCGGCAGCAGCAGCUUCGAGCAACUCCCUGCUCCAACUCCUCGCGCUCAUCAUCGACGCACAUACCCGCCUGGCAUCGAACCCCCGCCGUGCGCCCUGCGAAUCGACACGUCGCGCUCCAUGCACUAGGACCCCCUCUACCCAUUGCACUGGGAGCGGAACCACGGCGCUGAGGCGGCGCUGAUGCAGCUUACCGACCAAACGCAAUCUCUGCCGUUCCGCCGCUCGACCACCCCGGCGGCGAAUGGCUAGCAACCUGCACACGGCGCAAAUCCUCGCGCAGAAGAAGAAGACCGACAAGUACGAAGCUGCCAGGACCGGUGCCCGGAAUUCCCAGGCCCAGCAGAUCGAGACAUACACCAAAGGCGAACGCUUUAUCAAGUACCAGGAAUCGGUCAUGAAUGCCGUCGCCCAACAGCAACACCAAGCCCAGCCCUCCGCGCAAUCCUCCCACCGGGUCUCCCCCUCUAUCUCCUACGACUCUCCGCGCGAUGCACCCGCAUCCGAUGCAUCGCCUGUCGCUCCUCCUCCGCCACCUGCUGCGGCACCCGCUCCAGCAAAGCCCAAGAAUAAAGGGAAGAAGGGGAGUGUCAGUUCCACAAACCCUUCGGAUGCCCACGCCGCACUGUUGUCCAAAAUAUCCCAGCUAGAGUCCACAACCGCAGAGGAUGCACAUCAAAAUGCCGAAAUAGAGGCCGAGGUGAAGAAGGCGAAUCGCGAUCUGUCGCAACUGCUGAACACCAUGGAGCCGCAUCAUAGCAAGAUGGACAUUCUGCAGAAAAAGUAUAGCGACCUGCUAGCCGAGAUGAAGAGGACCGAAAGGGAGCACGUCAAAGCGAAGAAGCGUGGAGAUCAAUUGCAGAAGGAGAAAGAGGAGGUCAGCAAAGAGCGGACGCGGGAGAGAGGGCUGAAGGAGAAAUUGGAGAAACUCAGUCGCGAAUUGACGCGCGAGAACAAGAAACUCAAGGACGACUAUCGCGAGCUGAAAGAGAAUGCGGCAAAUCGAAACGAAGAAUUGCACCAGAAGUUGGAAAACAUGGUCAUUGAUGUGGAUGAGGUGGUAUCUCAAAAACGCUCCCCCGAACGGCAGACCGCCGAAUUGGAACAGGAUAAGUUGUUUCGGGAGAAAUUUACGUCCUUUCUACACCAAUACGAGCUGCGGGAGCUGCACUUCCAGUCGUUACUUCGGGUGAAGGAACUGGAAGUGCAGUAUCAAAUAGCGCGGCACGACCAGCUGAAGAAGGCGCAAGAGAGCGAAUUGAGCAAAAGCCAUCAACUGACCCGCCAAGUGAGCACCUUCAGCCAGACGGAAAAUGAAUUGCGAGGCCAAUUGAACGUCUACGUGGAGAAGUUCAAGCAGGUAGAAGAUACCUUGAACAAUUCCAACGACCUCUUUCUCACCUUUCGAAAAGAAAUGGAGGAGAUGUCGAAAAAGACUAAGCGUCUGGAAAAAGAGAAUCUCAACCUUACGCGGAAGCAGGAAGCCACGAAUAAGAAUAUUUUCCAAAUGGCCGAAGAGCGCUCGCAAUCACAGCAGACGAUCGACCGCCUGACUCGCGAAAACGAAAAGCUUAAGAAGCUCUGUCGAGCGAUGCAGAGCGGGGGAUACGGCAACGCGCAGCAAAUGGCGCAGCAAGCUCACGCGGCUCAAGGUGCGGACCAUUUCGACGAUGGGCUAGAAGGGGAAACGGAGAGCGAGUACGAAGACGACGAGGAGUACGACGACGACGAAGGCGAAUACGACGACGACACGGAAGAAGAACCCAUGGAUGAGCACACGCGAGUGUAUGGACCUCCGCCGCCUCCCCCACCACAGACGGAAGUCGUAAAGCCGAAUGGACAAAUCCAUCGAGUUACUGAGGCCGAGCAGCGCGCGAUGAUGGCCCCUGCGCAUCGUGCGGCACUGGAAGCGCAAGCUGUACAAGUUAAUGGCAACGGCCAAAGACAUUGAUUGAUCGAUCGGCAAUAAAACAACAAAGGAUCUCGCUGUACAAUAUUCGCAUGCGCAACUCUCUGCGAGAGCUUGUUUUGUCUUUUUCCCCUGCAGGCCCGAUUUUGCGGACCUCACCAUGUACAGCACAUUUCCAAAUCUGAUCAAACCGAUGCUCGAUGGAAGCAUUUGAACAGCGCCUUCUUUCCGACUCGAUCGAGUAAUCCCUGCGC